GUGUGUGUGUGUGUGGGUGUGUGUGUGCGUAUUAAACAAAUAAAGGAACUUACACACUGCCGCACACACACAGACACCGUUAGUUCAACCAUGUUUAUUUUCUGGUUGUGUGUGGUGUUAGCGAGUGUGUCCCCGUCUCUCGCCGGAUGGAUUCAGUCUCCUGGGUUUCCCCGCGGAUACAGUCCGGACUUAAAUGAAUUUUGGAGACGUUGUGCACCGCCUGGUCACGUCAUGUCCCUCACACUGAUCCAUCUGGACCUGGAGGAGAGCAACGAGUGUGAGAACGAUGCCCUGAAGAUUUCUGAGGAUGGCCAUUUCCUUGCUAACUUGUGUGGCAAAAAGACCUUCGAGGAGCUCCAGUCGUCUGUUAAUCCCUCGCUCCGCUCGUCCUCUGGAGGCUGUCUCUCUAUCAACUUCUACUCCGACUACUCCAACACGGAGAGACAUGCAGGAUUCAAGGCUUUUUACACAACCCAGGAUGUCGAUGAGUGCUGGGAGAACAGUGAGGUGGAGUGUUCGCAUUUCUGUCACAAUUACAUCGGAGGCUACAGUUGCAGCUGCAGUCCGGGUUACUACCUGGACCCGGAUGAACACACAUGCCGAGCCAACUGCACAGAGAAUCGUUACGGAGCUGGAGUGUUGACGCCUCCUGGCAGUCCCGGGCCAUACUACGAGAAUGCAGAUUGUUUAUACAGUCUCUCUGUGGGUGAAGGAGAUCAAAUCGAGUUAAAGUUCACUGGAGUGUUUGAUGUGGAAAGCAUAAAUGGAGUCUGCGUCGACUUUGUCAAAGUUAAGACGGACACAGAGACCUUUGGGCCAUUCUGUGGGAAGGACAGACCUGAUGACAUCCACACCGCAGCCCAACACGUUCAAGUCAUCUUCCACUCCGAUCAGGGGGGAACAAACCAAGGCUUCUCUCUUCAGUACAGACCUAAAGUAAUGGAAUGUUCUGGAAAAGUGACACCCCAUUCCACUGUAUCUCCUGUGAAACAACGCUAUCCGGUGGGCGAGAAAGUCACUGUGCGCUGUGAGCAGGGAUACGCUAUAGCUUAUAGAAAUUACAGUUUUGAAUCCACGUGUCUGUUUAACGGGAAGUGGAGUGGCAUACACGACUGUGAAAUGGUGAACUGUGGGCCGCCCGACAUUUCAGACCUGAUGGCGUUUACUGAAUACACAGGGAUGAUGUACCAUGACAAAUUCAGUAUAAGUUGCUCUACACACUACUACCAUCUUGUUGGAAAUGCCAACUUCCUUUGUGAUGAGACAGGAGACUGGAUGGCUAAAAAUGGACAGAACUUUUCACAAAUUACCACAAAGUGUGUUCCAGUAUGUGGCAUAACUAAAUCAUCUGCUGGUGGAAGAAUCUUUGGGGGGAAAACUGCCGAACUGGGGCAAAUUCCCUGGCAGCUCCUAGUGAAAGAACCUCAGCGAGGAGGUGCAUCUCUAAUUAAUGACCGCUGGGCCAUCACGGCUGCUCAUGUAGUGGAAAAGCAGAGAUCACUGAAGUUCUUUGGAGGAAUGGUGGAUGGUCUAGACAAGAAUAAGGUUGAAUUGGGAACGGAGACGAUCAUAAUUCACCCCGGCUAUGAUUAUACAAAAAGUCAUUAUGAUAAUGAUAUCGCCUUGGUCAAGAUGUCUUCUCGAGUCCCUCUCAGUGAAAAUAUCAUGCCCGUGUGUCUUCCAGAGGGAAAAAGUAGUGGACCAGUGAUGGAGGGAAUGCAGGGGACAGUCUCAGGCUUAGGUGCGACAUCAGACAGGAGGGAAAAGAGUCGAUAUUUGCAAUAUGGUCAUGUUAAAGAAUACUCAGGUCACUGUUUUAAUUCUAAUCUUAAGGUCACUGAGAACAUGUUCUGUGCUGGAGACACUGAUGGAGGUGUGGACAGCUGUAAAGGAGACAGUGGGGGUCCACUCGUUAUCCCAAUGCUGGGGUUUGGGUCUUCUGACACACCAUACCGCCUCAAGGGGAUUGUGUCAUGGGGUCCACCAGUGUGUGGAGAUAAAAAUUAUAAAGGUUAUUACACCAAAGUGGAGAAUUACCUGGACUGGAUCAGAGAAACGAUGGAGAAAAAUCACACACACACACACACACUCACCGUUAGUUCGACCAUGUUUAUUUUCUGGGUGUGUGUGGUGUUAGCGAGUGUGUCCCCGUCUAUCGCUGGAUAUAUUCAGUCUCCUGGGUUUCCCUACGGAUACCACACAAACUUGUCUGAAUCGUGGAGGCGUUGUGCACCGCCCGGUCACGUCCUGGCCCUCACACUGCUCCACCUGGACCUGGAGGAGAGUGACAAGUGCGAGAACGAUGCCCUGAAGAUUUCUGAAGAUGGCCACGUCCUCGCUAACUUGUGUGGCAAAAUGACCUUUGAGGAGCUUCAGUCAUCUGUUAAUCCCUCGCUCCGUUCGUCCUCUGGAGGCUGUCUCUCUAUCGUCUUCCACUCCGACUACUCCAACACGGACAGACACGCAGGAUUUAAUGCUAUUUACACAACCCCAGCCAACUGCACUGAGAAUCGUAAUGGAGCUGGAGUGUUGACGUCUCCUGGCAGACCUGGGCCAUACUUCGAGAAUGCACAUUGUUUAUACAGUCUCUCUGUGGAGGAAGGGAAUCAAAUUGAGUUAAAAUUCACUGGAGUGUUUGAUGUGGAAAGCAUCAAUGGACGCUGCAUUGACUAUGUCAAAGUUAAGACAGAUACCGAGAUCUUUGGGCCAUUUUGUGGGAAGGACAGACCUGCUGAUAUCCUCACUGCAGCCCAACACGUUCAAGUCAUCUUCCACUCCGAUCUGGGGGGAACAAACCAAGGCUUCUCUCUUCAGUACAAACCUAAAGAAGUGAACUGUCAGCUUCCUGAACUUUCAGAUCUGAUGGUGUUGAAUGAGAAAGACCCAGAGACGACCUAUAAGCACAACAUCAGUAUCAAGUGCUCUACACACUACUACAAUCUGGUUGGACAUGCCAACUUCACGUGUGAUGCUACAGGAGACUGGGUGGCUGAAAAUGGACAGAAUUUUUCACAACUUACCACAAAGUGUGUUCCAGUAUGUGGCAUAACUAAAUCAUCUGCUGGUGGAAGAAUCUUUGGGGGGAAAACUGCCGAACUGGGGCAAAUUCCCUGGCAGCUCCUAGUGAAAGAACCUCAGCGAGGAGGUGCAUCUCUGAUUAAUGACCGCUGGGCCAUCACUGCUGCUCAUGUGGUGGAAAAGCAGAGAUCACUGAAGUUCUUUGGAGGAAUGGUGGAUGGUCUAGACAAGAAUAAGGUUGAAUUGGGAACGGAGACGAUCAUAAUUCACCCCGGCUAUGAUUAUACAAAAAGUCAUUAUGAUAAUAAUAUCGCCUUGAUCAAGAUGUCUUCUCGAGUCCCUCUCAGUGAAAAUAUCAUGCCCGUGUGUCUUCCAGAAAGAAAAAGUAGUGGACCAGUGAUGGAGGGAAGGCAGGGGACCAUCUCAGGCUUUGGUGCGACAUCAGACAGGAGGGAAAAGAGUCGAUAUUUGCAAUAUGGUCAUGUUAAAGAAUACUUAGGUCACUGUUUUAAUUCUAAUCUUAAGGUCACUAAAAACAUGUUCUGUGCUGGAGACACUGAUGGACAAGUGGACAGCUGUAAAGGAGACGCCGGAGGUUCACUCGUCAUUCCAAUGCUGGGGUUUGGGUCUUCUGACACACCAUACCGCCUCAAGGGGAUUGUGUCAUGGGGUCCACCAGUGUGUGGAGAUAAAAAUUAUAAAGGUUAUUACACCAAAGUGGAGAAUUACCUGGACUGGAUCAGAGAAACGAUGGAGAAAAAUUAAAGCCUGACUGAACAAUCCAGAGCCAUCAGCCUUCAUCCAUUGAACACAUGUCAGGACAUGACCUCUACCUACCUUUUCUAAUUCAUGCUAAGGCAAUGGAAUUCUUUACACACAACUCUGCAGGCUUAAAGAUAAUUCAGUUUAUUUACAUUAAAUACAAUUAAAUAUAUUUCGCUUAUGUAACUGAUGAUUUCCGCCUAAUAAAAUCUUCGCCUU